CCUCCUCCCUUCUAAACAUGGCCGCAGUGUCUACGAUUCUAAUAGCAUCGCAGGAGAUAUAAUCGAGUUUGAACUCUUCCAGUCGGGAAUGCAACCCUGAAGGGUAGGCUGUCAGAAGCGAGUCUUUCGUUCUGCUCUGGUCACGUAUUUGAAGACGUGUAAAUAUCUGAUUCUUAAGUCACGGAAAAGUUUUAAGGUUGGAGUGGCAUAAGACAGACUCGAAAAACUUAAUGCAUAACAUAACUGGACCAGUUUAACGGAACGGAUACUACCAGUCGAGCUUGCUGUCCCGCUGUAACGUUAAAAUAAUAGAGUUCAGUGUUGCAAAAAGGAUAAGUUAGCAGGAAAGCUUCAGGCGUAUUUUAGUAGGUUUAGGAAGCUAACACCAACGACACUGCUUAACAUCUUCAAACAAUGGACCAAACUUUAAACUUUAUUUCUACUGGCUAGCGUUGAGCUGCUUGGCUCGCUAAAGAUUAAACUUCGUGUCAUUUUAUUCAAGUUCAGAACAUUAUUAUCCUAGCGGAUUUCGCCAACGCAAGUUAGACUGCCAGUAUUUGGGCUACGUUGGACAAGGCUAGCUAGUUCCGUCUUGCUCUCAUUUCAACUUUGACUCGCUAGCGAGCGAACCUGCGCUCACGGUGCAAGAUGUUUCCUGUCAAACCUUUGAAGCCAACAUUUAAAUCCUACCUUCCUCCUUUACAGACUGACUUGAAGAAGAGUCCCCAGCCCACAAAGAAAUUGGAAGCAAAGUUACUUCCAGGGGAGAUCGUGGUGAACGAGGUGAACUUUGUGCGGAAGUGCAUCGGUGCGGACAGCAGCAAGGAUGAUCUGUGGGGGAAGCUUGUUUGCACCAACUUCAAGAUCUCCUUCAUCACCCAUGAUGCAUUGCCCCUGCAGAGGUUCCAGUACCGGACCAGACUGCUUGGAGAGCAUGAUGUUCCCCUGGCCUGCGUGGAGCAGGUGGUAACAGUGAACGACGCUAAAGGGAAGCAGAAGGUCCUGGGCUCCAACCAGAAGCUGAAGUUCAACCCCACCGAGCUCAUUGUCUACUGCAAGGACUUCCGCAUCAUCAGGUUCCGCUUCGACGAGGCCGGGCCGGAGAGCGCCAAAAAGGUCUGCCUGGCCAUCGCACACUACUGCCAGCCUGCCGAUCCCCAGCUCCUGUUCGGGUUCGAGUUCCUCUGGAAGCGCUACUACGGAUCGUCAGGUGACCGGGUCAAUGGUGUGGAACGUGGAGGGGGCCCGCAAACCCCCUUGUUUGACCGUCCCUCCGAAUGGGACCGGGAGAUUAAGAGGACGGGGGCGUCGGAGUGGAGGGUGUGUGCCAUCAACGAGGGCUAUGCAAUCUCUCAAAGUCUCCCUGAGUACUUUGUGGUGCCCGUGUCCCUGGCUGAUCAGGACCUGAAGCAGUACUCCGGCUUCUUCGUGGGCCAGCGAGUUCCUCUGUGGUGCUGGAACCACCCCAACGGUAGCGCCCUGGUGAGAAUGGCCACCAUCCGGGACCCGGCCCAGCAAAGGAAGCUGGACCAGAGGAUCAGUAACGGCAUCACGAAAAGCCACCCCAAGCGCAGUGAAGCUCUGAAGUGCGACCUGGAUCGGGCCCUGCCCAAUAUUCAGGACAUCCAGUCCGCCUUCGUCCGGCUGCGCCAAGUCUGUGUGAUCGAGCCCUUUGAAGAGUCCGAGGAGAAGUGGCUGUCGUCCGUGGAGGGCUCGCGAUGGCUGGAGUACGUCAGGGCCUUCCUGAAGCAGUCUGCAGAGGUGGUGUACGUGCUGGAGGGAAAACGUGCCUCUGUCAUUCUGCAAGAGGAAGAGGACCGGGACCUGAGCUGUGUGGUCUCCUCUCUGGUGCAGCUGAUGCUGGACCCUCAUUUCCGCAGCCUGACCGGCUUCCAGAGCCUGGUGCAGAAGGAGUGGGUGAUGGCUGGCCAUCGCUUCAUGGACCGCUGUAACCACCUGAAGAAGAGCAAAGAGGAGUGUCCUCUCUUCCUGCUGUUCCUGGACUGCGUGUGGCAGCUGAUGAACCAGUACCCAGCAGCCUUUGAGUUUACGGAGACCUACCUGACAGUGCUGAUGGACAGCAUGUGGCUUCCUGUCUUCAGCACCUUCCUGUUCAACGGCCCCCAGCAGCACGCCGAGCACACCAGGGAGUUUGUCCAGAGUAAGAACAUCCCCCGGGCGGAUGAGAAGGCUCUGCGUUUCCCGCCUGUGUGGGACUGGUCCCAGCAGUUCAGCCUGAAGGACCAGGCCCUGUUCAACAGUCCUCUGUACGUGGGCAAGGGCGCCACCUGUGUGCAGAACGGGGCAGUGAAGACAUUCAGACGCACGAAGCAGAAGAACUACAGCUCCACGCUGAGGGGGAUGCCCUCCCUGCGGAACGGGAUGCUGGCAGACCUGGACUCGCUGCCCCGGCGGAACUCCCUGGUCCUACGGCUGCGGCCGGACUUCUCCCAGCAGCGGGAGCCAACCGAGAGCCCGUCGGAGCGCUUCUUCAGGGACUGGUUCUCCCGGCCGGCCGACCUGCAGGGGCUGCUCCUGCCCCAGCUCCUGCCCUCCCACCUCCGGCUGUGGCGGCUCUACUUCCUGCGCUGGGUCCCCGAGGCCCAGAUCCCGCAGGGCGGGCCCAUCACCUCCUUCCACAAGCUGUCCCUGCUGGCGGACGAGAUCGAGACCCUGCAGGGCCGGCUGCGGCAGUGCACGGGGGGCACGCCCGCCUCCACGCCCGAGAGCCCCCAGACCGAGCAGCGCAGGAUGUACUUCAAGCUCCUCUCCCCCCAGGACCCCCCGUCGCCCCCCGAAUACCUCAGCUCGUCCUUCCCCUUCUCCCCCGUGGGUAACCUGUGUCGCCGAAGCAUCCUGGGGACCCCCCUCAGCAAGUUCCUGAGCGGGGCCAAGAUCUGGCUCUCCACCGAAACCCUGGCCAAUGAGACCCUCUGAGCCCCACGCAGCCCUCUCUGAAGAAUGAACCCCCUGACUGGAACUACAGGGGGGACAGGGAGCAGACUGACAGACCUCUUUAGGAUCUUCACUCCUGCACAAGAUGAAUCCCACAUCGCUCAAGUUGCAUUUCCCAGGAUAUCCUGUUGUUGUGCUGUGGUUGCCACGGUUGCAUUCUUCAUGUGGCAAAUUUUGAUUUAAGGAAUCUAAACUAUUUUGGGGAGGUGGGGUGGGAAUCACAAAUUGAUAUUUUUGAAAUUAAAUAAGGAAAUGUAUCGCAUUUAUUCUGUGGUCGCUGACAUUUUCAAAUCUGUUUAUUUUAACAUAGAUUUUUAUUUUUCCUUCUAAUACCUUCUGGUAAGGUAGUGUGUGUUGUGUUGAAAUUAACGGCCAUUGUGUGCAUCUUUCUCUAAAGGAUAAGGCUAGGGCUGGUGGUUUUAGUCCUUUAUAUUCCUCCAUUAGAUGCCAUGUACCAUAGAAACAUCACUGCGACAUCCACGCUAUUUCCACAUUUACUUUAGAAGAAUGCGUAGCUUGGGUUGGGCUGUCACUGAAAGGCAGGGUGUUGCCUGGGGCUAGAUUUAUUCAUUAGUUGCACUCCUGUUUAGGAAUGGGGAAAGGGUAAUAAUCGCGUACUGUACUUGAUGCAUUUACGGACAUCGGCAGGCUGGAUACCUGCCUGAAUUUAAAAUCCGCCUGCUUUCUCUGGUUGGGACCGGCAGAGGGGCAGAUGCUGCUAGGAAAGGUCCUGAACCGACACCAGGGAGACCAGCGGGCUGGUGGGUCCUGGGGGUCCGGUGUUCAGUCCUGUGGGGUCCGGGAUUAAGCCCUUUCUUUUGGGUCUUGCAGCCACGGUCUGGGUGAAGUUGGUUGCAUUAGUAGCUAGAGGCACUAAGUAUAAUGUGCUGGAUUGGCCCACUGUGUAUCUGUCCGUGUCCAGUCACAGGCUGGGUACUUGUAUGUCUUCUAAAUCUUUCAUUGCUUGAUCCACACAUAGUCCAAAUAUUCCAAAUAUGUCCUUAUUAAUGAACCACAUCUUUAUAAAGACCUUAGUAGUCUGUUUUUUUAUUUUUGUUCUUUCCCAGUUUGUGUUGUGAUAAAUGUUUUGCUUUGUUUAAAAGUUGGUACUAUAAAACAUUUCAGUGAUCAGCAUAGAAACAUUUGAUUUAGUUUACCACUAAUUCUUUAUCAUAAUGCACUCUGCUGUUGAAAUUAGUGCCAUUCAUUUUGGCAGUUUUAUAUUAGUCGACAGCACUUGUAUUUAUUUAUUCAUUUGCGCAAUACAGGUCUUUUGGGAAAUUGUGAAAUCCACUGUGCCUUUAAAGGGGAAUUUGGGAUUGAGCUACACUGUAUUCAAACGCAUUCUUCAUGUGCUUUUAAGGGCAUGCUAUAUUUUCACAUCACUUUGUGGGCUGUGCGUUCAGAGUUACACUGAAACCAAAGCUUGCCACCACCAGAAGCUAUCUUGGAGCUAGCGCUUCAUCAUUUCCCCUGUAAUGCAGAAAUGCAGUGAUGUGUGAUCUGUGUGUGUGUGAAUGGUGUUGGUCUGUGCCUGAGUUUUGCCAGGUUUUUUCGCUGCACGCCUCGGUGAUGAGGUGACGCACUGGGGCAUGCUGGGUAAUAAGUCUCUGCUCUAUACAGUGCAGUGGUACUGCCAGCUGUUGGCAGGCCACAGGAGAGCCAUGCUAUGAGUCCGAAUGCAUUCAUUACCAAUAACUAAUACUGCAGAUUUAGUACAAAUAAAGAAGCUUUAACAAUUA